CCGAAUUAGGGCUUGGCUUGGCUUGGCUUUGGAUGCUGGACUAAAACCAGCAUUUUAACGGGGGGUUUACCUUUGACAACUCAUGUUUUCCUAUAAUGGCCUGUUGGCAACGAUAAAAGCAAGAAAUUGUUUCGGGGUGGUUCAAGGAUCCUGGACUUGUCUCGUUCCCCUCCUCAUUCGCUCUGGGGCUGUUGAUAUCUCGAAUACUCGUCUCGCCACAGCAGGGGAGAUAAUAUCUGUGUUGUCAUCUAUCUUCUGAGCACGUCCGUCAUUCGAUCUGACCAGUAUGAAAGAAACCUGUAUGACAUUGACCGAAUUCUACGCAGCUGAAACCAACAUGCCAUCCAAAAGUUUCAAAGGGAACCUGGCCUUACAGAAGCUCGUGAUGCUAUCCAGGCCAGCGUUUCUCCCAGCAGCUUGUUCAUUAUUAUACAGCAUUUACAGAGGAAGGAACAGAUUAUGUGCCCCCUUUCUUUUGAUUUUGAACCAACGCAGUAUCCACGCCAUAUACUUGAAUUCGGCGGGUUUUAUACACAGCAAAAACACAAAGAAGCCAUCUCUCAUAUCGUUACCGUCAAUAAUCAUGAUGCUAUGCUCGGCGAGGAGACACGAGACAGGCAGUGUGCAGAGCGGGGAUGCAAGUAACCCAUCCAAGGGUGCUUCGCCGAAUACGUUUGGCGAAGGCAUUGUUCAUCUGGGAUCCAGGUCAGUCUUUGCCUACAUUUUAAAUAACAAGCCUGGGUCCGAUCAGCUUCAAUCGCUCCUAGAAGGUGGGAUCUUGCCGAAGCCGUGAAGGAAAAUAACCAGCAUAUCCCGGUAAGCGAUGCAGGUGGAGCGACGAGUUCCCCUCUACAUUCCAUAUUAUGGAAGCAGACUACAGACGGAACCUGAGACAGAAUAUGCGUGGUGGUGUGCGACCUCACAAUGGAAAGUCCCAAUGUCUGGGCUUGUUUUGCUCCACGCGGUCUUGUAUCUGCUUCAACUUA